GCUCCGACCACCAGACCAGUUCCGUCGUUCCUUGCCGCCGCCGCGCCAACGUCAGUUCAGAGGUUAUAGUGAGAGGUGAAGUGUGGCAGCAUCGGUACGCGAUUGUGUGAAGCGCCAGUGGAUACUAUCAAGAUGGUGACGCGAGGGUUACAGAUGACCCUUGCGGUCAUCUGCAUUAUGGAACAAGUACACGCUAUGGGGUAUUAUACGAUUGUCGCUCCACGGGUGAUCAGGCCUAACACAGAGUACCAUGUGGCUGUGAGCACAGUGAACGUAGGUCAGCCAACCACAGUAAAGGUGGACGUCGGAGGUAAGCAGGACAGUGGAGGCACCUUCAAGAUCAGUCAGUUCAUCACAGUCUCGCCCUACGAGAACAGGAUACUGAAGCUGGAUAUCGGCGAUGUGGGUCCGGGGCAAUACAACAUCACAGCUCAAGGUUCGGGUGGUCUAGAUUUCUACAACUCCACGGCUCUCCAGUACAUCCACAAGAGUUAUUCUGUGUUUAUCCAGACAGACAAGGCCAUUUACAAGCCUGGACACAAGGUCCAGUUCCGAGCCUUGGUGCUCAAUUCCCAUCUCAAGCCCUCGGUCACCGCCCCUCUGGACAUCUACAUUACCGAUGGAGAUCGUAACAGAGUGAAGCAAUGGACUCGGGCGUUGACCACGCGAGGGGUAUUCUCUGGGGAGAUGGAACUGUCCGCCAACCCUGUCCUCGGAGACUGGAACAUCACAGUCAGUGUGCUGGAUCAAGUUUUUUCCAAAUCGUUCCAAGUGGCAGAGUACGUUCUGCCCAAGUUUGAGGUCACCAUCGACGUGCCCAAACAUGCCACUUUCAAGGACUCCAAGGUUGUUGCCACCGUUCGUGCCAAGUAUACGUAUGGACGCCAAGUGAGGGGCGAGGCCACCAUCAGUGCGUAUCCUGCGUACUUCUCCUCUCUUCUUCAGCCGAUUUUCACCCCUCCUGUCCGGAAAGUGAUACCUAUUGAUGGAAAGGCAGUCAUAGAGUUUGAUAUUGUUAAGGAGUUGAGGCUGACCGAUGAGUACGAGAGAGCCGUACAGUUUGAUGUUGCUGUCGAGGAGGCGCUGACGGGCAGAAGACAGAACAACUCGGCACAAGUUAUGUUACACAAGUAUAAAUACAAACUGGAGCUUGUGAAAACGUCAGAGUAUUUUAAACCUGGUCUCAAAUACACAGCAUUCAUAAAACUGAGCCACCACGAUGGGACGCCAGUGACCGACAGGACCAACCCCGUGAAGGUGCGCUGGGGAUACUCGUACGAUCAGGACAACUACAACGAGACAGAGUACAAACUGUCCAGCAACGGUCUUGUAGAGCUGAUCUUUCACCCUCCCCUCACCAAUGCUACCACCCUAGGAAUUGAGGCUGAAUACCUGAAUGUGAAAGAAUGGUUUUCUACCGUCUCAGCGGCCAUGUCUCCUAGUAACAACUUCAUUCAAGCUGUAGUCAAGACUGAAAACCCAAUGGUGAACCAAGAUGUGGAGAUUGAGGUUACGUCCACUGAACCCAUGAAGUACGUGAGCUACCAAGUGUUGGGGCGUGGAGAUGUGAUCAUAGCGGCUACUGUAACAGUACAGGAGCAAACUACUGCCUCCUGGAGGUUCCUGGCCAACUAUGCCAUGGCACCCACUGCACACGUGGUAGUCCAGUAUCUACGCGAGAACGGGGAGGUAGUAGCAGACGCUCUGGACAUCCAACUGGACGGAGUCCUUCAGAACUUUGUGGAUGUAAGAAUGAAUCGCUUGGAGACCAGACCCGGAUCUCCUGUAGAGCUCAACUUCGAGGCCAAGCCCAACUCUUACAUCGGCCUGCUAGCUGUGGACCAAAGUGUCAUGUUGUUGCGCACCGGCAACGACAUUGAAUAUGACCACGUGCUGAGUGAGAUGCGCUCGUACGAUGCCAGCGACUCUUCGCAGUUUAUCCCUCAGAUGGAAGGUAUCCGAGAGAGACGCUCUCUCUUUUGGUGGCCUGGCUCGCUUACCGCUCAGGAGACAUUUGAGAAAUCUGGUGCUGUUAUCAUGACCAACGGUUACGUUUUUGAACAUUAUCCAUGGCGACGUUAUAGUGAGGGCACACUGAGAGCCUACAACAGGCCUACCAACCGACCCAUCCCUCUCCCCGGACUGCCUGCGUUCAAGCCGGACCUGGGCCCGCCGGUGUUGUACCGCCCGGUCACGCGGCCCCCUCUCGCCGGCCCCUACGCCUUCUCUCGUAUUCCCCCGCCAAACUGGAGCGGCCCCCGAGUAUUCCUGCCGCAUGACAUUGCCGACACUUGGUUAUUUGCUGGUAUCACUUCUGGGGUGGAUGGUAAAGCAACUCUAAGUAAGACCGUACCUGACACUAUCACUUCCUGGAUGGUAACUGCUUUCUCUGUGGACCCUCUCUACGGACUUGGUCUUCUGGAUCAACCAAGGAAGCUUCGUGUGUUCCGUCCAUUCUUUGUCUCUCUGGACCUACCGUACUCUGUGAUACGAGGGGAGAUCGUGGCCAUUCCUGUUGUGGUAUUCAACUACAUGGACAAGGACGUUGAUGCUGAGGUGACCCUGGAGAAUUCUGACGAGUUCAACUUCGCUGAUUAUUCAAAUGAUGUCAAUGAUGUGCCAACUGGCUUAGACUUAUUCCGCAAGAAGAGACUGCGUGUUCGGGCCAAUGACGGAGCGAACACCGCCUUCAUGAUUACACCCAAGCAACUCGGUUAUAUCAACAUCAAAGUGACAGCCACCAGUCCAACUGCGGAGGAUAUCGUGGAAAGGAAACUACUUGUGAAGGCUGAAGGAGAGACCCAGUACAAGAACAAAGCUGUGUUCAUCGACCUACGACAGGCAAACUCAUUCAGCACCAAUGUGACCUUGGACAUACCGAAGAACAUAGUCCCUGGCAGUGAGCGGAUCGAGGUCUCAGCUGUUUCCGAUGUGAUGUCUUCCAGCAUAAACAACCUUGCCAACCUCAUUAAGAUGCCUUUUGGCUGCGGUGAACAGAACAUGCUCAAUUUCGUACCAAACAUUGUCGUCAUGGAGUACCUCAAGAAUACCCAGUUGAUGAAAGGAGCCAUUGAGCACAAGAUAUUGCGUUACCUGGAGAAGGGCUACCAACAGGAGCUCACUUACAAACAUGACGAUGGAUCUUUCAGCGCUUUUGGCAAUUCUGAUCCCAGUGGCAGCACCUGGCUAACAGCAUUUGUGGCCAAGUCAUUCAGGCAAGCAGCACCUUACAUAACGGUGGAAGAGAAGGUCAUCAUGGAUGCAUUGGAUUGGCUGGCUAACGUCCAAGUGCCCAACGGAAGUUUCCCAGAAGUGGGAACCGUGAGUCACCAGGACAUGCAAGGUGGGGCAGCCAAAGGUCUGGCACUCACGGCGUACACUCUCACUGCAUUCCUGGAGAACACAAGAUUCACCGCCCAAUAUCGUAAUGUCAUCAACAAAGCCAUUGACUUCAUUGUUCGCAAUUUGGAUGGCCUUGAGGACCCGUACGCUGUUGCCAUUUGUACUUACGCACUGACUCUGGCACAACAUCCCUCAAGCAGAAUUGCGUUCAAUUUAUUAGAAGCCAAAGCUGAAUCUAGUGACGACAUGAAAUGGUUCAAGCGGCCGGUACCAGAGUCAGAGAAGCUCAAUCCGUACAUUCUUGAGCCGAACUCAGUGGACGUGGAGAUGACAGCGUACGCUCUGCUCACCUAUAUACAGAAGGGUCUCAUUGAGGAUGGAUUGCCGAUCAUGCGAUGGCUCAUCUCCCAACAGAACGCAGAAGGAGGCUUUGCUUCCACACAGGAUACAGUUGUGGCGAUGACGGCCUUGGCAAAGCUGGCCGAGAAGAUAGUUAACGUCAACAGUAAUCUGCAAAUCACAAUUUCCUACCCGGGAGACAGGCCUGUCACGCUCGACAUCAACAGAGGAAACUAUAUGGUACUUGUUAAACACGAGAUCCGCAGAAACGUAAACCGUGUGGAGAUCAAUGCGACAGGAUCAGGGUUCGCAAUUGCCCAAGUGUCGUACAGCUACAAUGUUAACGUGACAGGAGCGUGGCCUCGCUUCACCCUCGACCCUCAGGUGGACAAGAACUCUGACAAGAAUCACCUCCAGCUCUCCAUCUGCUCAGGAUUUGUGCCUGGGAGGGAAGCAAAUGAGAGCAACAUGGCUGUGAUGGAAGUGACACUGCCUUCAGGAUUCACUGUGGAUCAGGACUCGCUACCCAGCCUCCAAGCCUCGCAGAACGUCAAGCGGGUGGAGACUAAGGAUGGAGAUUCUGUUGUUAUGCUUUACUUCGACAAGAUGACGAGAGAAGAAUACUGCCCAACUGUCAAGGCCUACAGGACCCACAAAGUGGCCAAACAGAAGCCUGUUCCGGUCACAGUGUACGAUUACUACGAUCAAAGCAGAAGAGCCCGCAUGUUCUACGAACCACAGGUGGCAACUCUGUGCGAUAUCUGUGAAGGAGAGGACUGCGAGAAGGUCUGUUCGGGCAAGGCGGGAUCACAUGCUGGUGACAGUGAAGGUCAAGGUGGUUCAGCGUCCAGUCUGUCCGUCACAUUCAGCGCUGUGAUGGUGGCUCUCAUCACACUCAGGUAUCUCUGAGCCAUCACAAGACCAACCAAAGACUACAGACACGACAGUGAGACUGUUGAGUGUUUCCAGACGUAAUUCAGAUUUAGUGUACAUUUCAGUGAGAUGUCAAAUCCAUUAAAGAGCAAAGGUAAUAGGCCUACAGUAAAUCAUAUUAUAAGCAUAAAUUAUAUUGAUAGGCGUAAAACAAAUAAAAAACUGGUUUAUUUUCUAUUUAAUUGUUCGCGUUAUACAAAAAUUUAUUCGGUAUGAAUUUAAUUGUUUAUGAUGCAAAGGAGGACUUUUUAUUAUAAAGCUAUCUUCAAAUUAAUUAUGUAUCCAUGGAGAAAACAAUGUAUUUUAUUAUUAGAUCAAAAUUGCAUUAUUUUUAUGAAACAAAUCAGUUGAUCAAAAGUACUAUUUGCACAUUUUUAUCUAUUUUCACAUCCUCUAAAAACCUUGUUGUAAAAUAAAACAUUUCAUUUAGUUACUUAACUUCACAUUUAACUGCUUGACAAAAUCUGUGUGAAAUUUGAAUAACAAACGUUUAAUAUAGUAUUACUUUCCAGAGACAAUGUAGAUUAAUUAAUUAAACACAAGUUUAACUUAUAACUUUUAUACUUAUAUUAAAGUUAAUCUGUACAUAGUUUGUUGUAGUAUAAUUAACAUUUUAUUAUAUGAUGUUAGAUUCUCGUAGAUUUUAUUGUGAUCCGUUGUUGUUACUAUAUGUUGCUAUUGAACUCCCAGUUGAAUUGGUGAUUGAACAAGGUUUUCCAUAUCAGUAAUUUUGUUGUUCAUCAAAUUUCAAAUUGGGAGAAUUGUUGACACUUACUUCAUUGUAAAAAGUACUUGUAUGUUUGACUAUAAGAACAUAAAACAAUUAUAUAAGCCAGUCAGUUGUUUCAAUGGUUAGAAUUUCCUUGAUUGUAAUUAUCAAACAUCAAAAUAAUAAUGAACCAUUUUUAACAAGACAAUCUUUUCUAAUCUAAUUAAAUUAUUUUGGUAAUAAAAUUUAUAAUCAGUGAGUCACCAAAUGUAGUAUAAAUGUAAGGCUGCACAGGAAGUAGUGUUUUAGUACUAAAUUGUAUUAAGCUAAUGUAAAGCAAUUUGUUGUUCUUAGAGCCCACUGUUAUAUUAUUUGUGUAACUGGUCAGCAUUCAAACUGAGGUAUGUAAUAAUAGCAGUGUAUCAAAGUACAAAGCUAGACUGACCAUUGCGAUACUCAUUGUAUCACAUGGCUAGGCCGACCAUUUCAAUCUCAUUAAUUAAGUCACAAAGUUAGACUGGCCAUUGCAGUCCCCAUUGUGUCACAUGAUUAAACUGACCAUUUCAAUCUCAUUAAUUAAGUUGUAAGGUUAGACUAGCCAUUGCAAGUCCCCAUUGUAUCACAUGGCUAGGCCGACCAUUUUAAUCCUCAUAAUGAAUAUUGGAAAUUUUAAAUGUAAUUGGUCAUUGCUUCAUUCAAUAUUUAUUUAAUUAUUAAUUCUCUCCACAUACCUAAUAAAAUUUAUGUUGUAGUUUUUACUACCAAACUGUCAUUAAACCCACCUCACAAAUUGAGAAUAUUUUAAUGCCGUGCUCAUUCUAAAAAUUUGCUUGUGCCAAAAUAGAAGCGGCACAACCUGAAUGCUUAUAAGGCCAGAUGCUACUGACCUUGACGAUCAGCUGACAUCAAGAUGGCAUAUCCUGCUUACUAACAUGCGUUACAAAAUAUCCGUUACUUCCUGGGCAGCUCUACUAAUAAUGAUUAUAGGUUAGGUAUAGGACACCAUGUUUAAAACAAAUAACUCGUUACACUUAAUAAAAUAAAUGUCAUGUUUAACAGUUAAAUCAGCCUGUGAUAUAAUGCUUUGAAAUAUUAAAACCAGUUCUUAGAAAACUUAACUGUUUUGUCCUUUUUGUAUUUUUAAUUAAGUUGUAUGUGACUAAGAUGACCUUGAGAAGUAAAUAAAGGUGAAUUGUGGUGACUAGUAAAGCUGUGUUACUGUAAAGACUGCAAAAAGGCAAACUUUUUACUAGGCAUAAGAAUUUGUAUCCUUUUCAUAACUCUGUACAAUUAUUGAAUAUUAAAUUAUAUUAAAAAAGUUAAA